GACAAGGUGGAUUUGCAACAGUAUUUUAUGCCAAAUGGCUAGAUAAAGAACAAAACUUUUUAAGAGAUAUUUCACUUAAAUUGAUUGAUGGAUCAAAAUCUUAUAACGAAAAAUUUAUAAAAGAG